GGUCCGGGAUCUUAGACCAGAUGAUCUUAAAGGCCCCUUCUGAGUAAAACUGGAGGUCGUGUUUACUCGGAGUCUAAAUCACUGGGAGCUUUGAGAGUGUCCUGGGCAGUUCCCUUUCCGGAGCUGUCGUGUGAGAGCGUCAGGACCCUUACCUGGCUCCUUGGGUCAACUGGUCGGGCGGCUCGGGCGUGGGUAAAGUACGCGAUCUGGUGAACAACAACAACGUUGUUUACGUUCCCUUUUUCUGAAAAGUCACGAGCCACCGGCAAGUGAGGAAAUGAAAGUGAAAUCAGCUGAUGUGACACCAGUCGGCAGCAUCAGUGCCCUGACCUUCAGCGAGCUGUUUACUUGGGCACAACUGCAAGCGCGAGCGGGUGGGAAGCCCGGGCCGGCCUUCGGCCGCCCUUCCCGUCUCCACCGGCCUCGGCUCCGUCUCCGGAGCCUGGCGUUAGGAAGCCAGCGAGAAAGGAGACUCCGCUAAACCUGACUCCCUGCCCGUCCUCUUUACGAGCGCCUGUGCGUUCUGCCUCUUCUUGCUCGAAAAAAAUCAGAGACACUUAAAAGGUAGCGAGUGCUACUGUGUGAUUUCAUGAGCAGGUGGCCCCUUGCCUUCACCAAGUAAUGACUCCCAGAGCAGGGCAGGUGCCCCGGAAGGCAGCCCUGCAAAAGGGCAGGAGACGAUGACCGUCCUAAGGCCAAGGCGGGGCAAGCAGCUGCUGUUCCUGGGCAUCAUGACAGUCACGGUGGCGGUCAUCUUCCUGCUGUUCUAUGCUCUCCUCUGGAAGGCCGGCAACCUCGUGGACUCGCCCAACCUCAGAAUCGGCUUCUACAACUUCUGCCUGUGGAACGAGGGCACCGGCUCCCUCCAGUGCCACCAGUUCCCUGAGCUGGAGGCCCUGGGGGUGCCGCGGGUCGGCCUGGCCCUGGCCAGGCUCGGUGUGUACGGGGCCCUGGUCUUCACUCUCUUUGUCCCCCUGCCCCUCUUCCUGGCCUGGUGCAACAGUAACGAGGCAGAGUGGCGGCUGGCGGGGUGCUUCCUGGCGACGUCCUCCAUGCUGCUGGCCAGCGGCCUGGGCCUCUUCCUCACCUACAUGUGGAAGUGGAUCCGGCUCUCCCUCCUGGAGCCUGGGUUUCUGGCUCUGGGCACUGCCCAGGCCUUACUCCUCCUCUUGCUUAUGGCCACGUGUGUGUUCCCUCAGAGAGCAGAGGACAAGGUCAAGCUUGACAGCUGCUAGUUCUGUCGAGAGGCUCACGAUGGCAAGAGUUCAGUUUGAACUAUGCUCAGAGAAGGUGCCAGAAAACUCACGGGCUGGCAUGUCUUCUCAGCCUGUUUCAUAGCAAGUGCCGGCCUCAAGCUCUGGCAGACGGGACCCACCGCGGAGGAGGUGGGGGUACCCAGUGCCGAGAAGGCCAAGGGCGCAGCAGUGGCAGCCGCGGUACCUGCGGCUUGUUAGCGUGGGGCCGUCCAUCCUUUGGGACUUCCGAGGUUCCCAAGGACACACCACAAAAAGCUCAUUGUCACGAGAACUCCUUUAACUGACAUAAGGAUUCUCAUCACGAGGCCUGAUUUCUAGGAUAAUUAGCCACAUGUCACACUGGAACCGAGUGAAGGUUCAUGGCAACAAAGGGGGGACGUUAUGAGAGAGUGCACCUCAGCCUCUCUGGGGCCCUGGUUAGCAGGCUCCCCCUCCCCACGGUGGGUGUGAAGUGAUGAGCCCGUCUCCCAAAGGCCCACGAGUGAUCCCUGAGGGAGUCACUAAAGACAGAACACGUGGGCACAAAGACAAGCCUUGGUGGCUUUGAAGGUUCUCCUGAAAAGUCUCCCAGACCUGAAGCCAGACAGAGCAGGGGCGUCAGCUGGCAAAUCGUUCCCAGCAUGUGACCUGGGAGUUGGGAACACAAAACGCCGAAUCCCUGGGCAGGAGGAAGGUGAAAAGAACUGAGGGGUUCCAUACAGAUGUCGAGGCCUUCACUUCUCCACCCAGAAUUGGAAAGGACAUAAACACAGCUCACACACUGGGGAACUGUUUGUAUUUUUCAGCACCUGUAUAUUGGAAAACCUAUACAGCAAAUGACUGCCUCAUUCUGUGCCUGUCAAAAACCACACUGAAUAGAGUCAGAAACACGGA